UCCAAAAAGAUAAAAUUCGAAAGAAUUGGUGAACUUGAGACCUUUUGCACCGGAACUCCUUAAACUUUUAGCUCAAACCAGUUGAGCUUCCUGGUUUGAGCUACCCACCCCACCCAUAGUUAUAAAUAAAUUGGUUUUAUCAACAAUGAAAUGGUUCAAGUGGUAAGAGUAUUGGAUCUCUUAGAUUCGAUUCUUAACUCAUGAGUAUCAAAAAGUUCGAUUAGAAGGGGAAAACUCAAAUUGUGUGACCGAUAGACACUCAUUUUAAAAUAGAAUGAGUAUUGUGGAAGCCUUCUGUAUAACAAUUGGAUACUAGAUACCAAAAACUGACUUGAGGCCUGCAACAAAAUGAGUAUAGUUUAAAGACCAACAGUGUAAACGGAAUAUAAUGCAAAGGACCUGUUUGGAAAGACAAAAACUUAAAGCCACCUAGUUGAUACAAAAACAAGGAUGGUUCUUUCUAUAUUAUGGCGCAGGGUCUGCAGCAUUCUUUGGCUUAUCCGAACCUGUUUUCCAGCUUCCAGUAUAAAAAAGACAUUAAUUUGUAUUCAAAAGCAUAAGACAGUGUCUCAGCUACAACAAAUAUGGACAAGCCACUCAAACUUUACUUCAUUCCAUACUUAGCAGCAGGACACAUAAUCCCUUUAUGUGAUAUUGCUGCUCUCUUUGCCUCUCGUGGCCACUUUGUUACAAUCAUAACCACUCCUUUAAAUGCUAAAAUCCUUCCCAAAUCUAACAACUUCAAUGUUCAAACUUUUCAAUUGCCUUCCCAAGAAGUUGGCCUCCCGGAGGGCAUUGAAAAUGUCACCUACGUCACUAACAUUGAGGACGGCUACAAACUCUACCAAGCUACCGCACUGCUCCACGAACACGUUGAGAAGUUCGUGGAACAGCACCCACCUGAUUGCAUUGUAGCGGAUUUUUGUUUACCUUGGGUCGAUGAGCUGGCAAACAAGUUUCAUAUUCCGAGAUUCGCCUUCAAUGGUUUCUCACUCUUUACCUUAUGUGCCAUGGAAUCCCUUAAAUCACAACCUCUCCCUGAAAAUGCUUCUGGUCCUUUUGUUAUUCCGAAUUUUCCUCACGAUAUCAUCAUUAAUUCAAUACCACCCAUAGAGUCCAAGUCUUUUAUGGAUCCUCUACUCACUAUAGCGCUUAAAAGCCAUGGCUUCAUCAUCAACAGCUUCGUCGAGCUCGAUGGAGAUGAGUAUGUUGAGUAUUAUGAGAAAAUCAUCGGUCACAAGGCUUGGCAUCUUGGCCCAGCCUCUCUUGUUCGCAAAACCACUCAAGAGAAGGCAGAAAGGGGAGAAAAGAGCACGAUAAGCGUGCAAAAGUAUUUGACUUGGCUCAACUCAAAGCAAGAUAACUCUGUGGUUUACAUCAGCUUCGGCACCAUUUGUUACUUGCCUGACAAGCAAUUGUUUGAGAUUGCAAGUGCGCUAGAAACAUCGGGUUAUGAUUUCAUAUGGGUAGUCCCAGAGAAGAAGGGGAUGGAGAAUGAGAGCGAAGAGGAGAAAAAAAAAUGGUUGCCCAAGGGAUUUGAAGAGAGGAAUAAGGGAAUGAUUGUACGGGGGUGGGCCCCACAGGUGGUUAUCCUAGGCCAUCCUGCUUUGGGAGCAUUUUUGACGCAUUGUGGGUGGAACUCUGUGGUGGAGGCUGUUAGUGCAGGGGUUCCAAUGAUCACAUGGCCGGUGCAUAGUGAUCAAUUCUACAAUGAGAAGCUGAUAACUCAGGUGCGGAGGAUUGGAGUGGAAAUCGGUGUAGAUGAGUGGAACGUGGCUGCUUUUCGAGAUUCAAAAAAGCUAGUGAAGAGAGAUCGUAUAGAGAAUGCUGUAGGAAGAUUAAUGGAUGAUGGUGAUGAAGCCGUCCAAAUUAGACAAAGGUCUCAAAAGUUUGCAAAAAUUGCUAGACUUGUUCAAGAAGAUGGCUCAUCCCAUGAGAAUUUGACGGCUUUGAUUGACGAGCUUAAGCGAUUAAGAGAAAAUAAGGUGCUUGAUUAACUAUGAUGUCUUAUUUAUAAGAGACAAUUAGGUCAUUUUAUUGUGAAAUUACAUCACUUAAAUAUGUUGUAAGGUUAUUUUUAAAUAUGAUUCAAUAUAUAGGGUUUUCUAUUAAAAUGAUUCUCCACUACUAUACUAUAGUGGGGAAAAUUAGAACCUGCCAUGACUUUGAUUUUAGGCUUCCAAAGGAAUCCAUCCAUUAUGUGUUUUGAUAUUUUUAUUUGAAGA